UAUCGCUCCGAGGUAGUAUAAAAUCUCUGCUCAAGUUUUAAACUGUUAGUUCGACACAGCCCCAUAGGAGAGUACUAUAUUUAUUAUUGCUAGUCUGAAAGUUUUUUGUGAAUACCAGUCCUAAAUAUUCUAACAAAAUGCAGUGUGUCAUGAGAGUGUCCACCUGCUCCCAACUUUUACAUGCCCAGAAAAGUGCAGGAAAACACGCACGUACAUUGGUAAUUAGCAGCGCAAGAUUUUCCAAUCUAGAAAAAUUGUUUCCAAAGAGGGAAGAAUUCCAAGUCAGACACAUCGGCCCAAGAAAACACGAGCAACUGCAGAUGCUUGAAACCAUUGGAUUCAAGAGCUUGGAAGAACUCACACAGUCUGCUGUACCAGCGAAUAUUUUUUUGACUAAACCAUUGGAAUUAGAAGAUCCACUCAAUGAGUAUGAAUUAAUAAAAAAAAUCCGUGAAAUAUCAGAGAAAAAUGAAGUCUGGCGAAGUUUCAUCGGUAUGGGCUACCACAACUGUAGCGUACCACAUACAAUUAUGCGAAACAUUUUUGAAAAUCCAGGAUGGACGACACAGUAUACACCUUAUCAGCCAGAAAUAGCUCAAGGUCGAUUAGAAAGCCUGUUAAAUUACCAAACCAUGGUUUGUGAGCUCACUGGAAUGGAAGUCGCAAAUGCUUCCCUGUUAGAUGAGAGUACUUCAGCUGCAGAAGCUAUGGCGCUAGCCUACAGGCAAACAAAGAGAAAGAAAAUUUUCUUAUCGAACAAACUUCAUCCGCAAACAAUAGAUGUUGUCAUGACCAGAGCCAAACCCUUGGGUUUGACUAUUGAGGUGGGUGACGUCUUCAGAGCGGAUCUCACAAAAAAAAAUGUGGCAGGAAUUCUAAUACAGUAUCCAGAUACAACUGGCCUCAUUCAAGACUUCUCCAAAGUAGUCGAACAUGCACAUAACAACGGAACGUUGGUAUGCGCAGCGAGUGAUUUACUUUCAUUAACUUUACUCCGGCCACCAAGUGAUUUCUCAUUCGACAUAUGCAUCGGUACUAGUCAAAGAUUUGGGGUACCGCUAGGAUAUGGAGGACCACAUGCAGGAUUUUUUGCUUGUCGUCAAAGCUUGAUAAGACUAAUGCCAGGAAGAAUGAUCGGUGUCACAAGAGAUGCCCAUGGUCAUAACGCCUACAGAUUAGCUCUGCAGACCAGAGAACAACAUAUUAGAAGAGACAAAGCUACAAGUAACAUUUGCACAGCUCAAGCAUUAUUGGCCAACAUGUCCGCAAUGUAUGCUAUUUAUCACGGGCCAUCAGGUUUGAAGGAUAUUGCAACAAGAGUCCACAACAUGACUUCAGUUCUCGCCAGCGGUUUGAAGGCUGAAAAAAAUGACGUUCAGACUGCAAACUUCUUUGAUACUGUCACCGUAUUACCACGAGAUGAUAUUCAAACCAUAAAAAAAAGAGCUGCAGAGGCUAAGAUCAACUUGAGAUACAAUCCCAACGGUACGAUUGGAAUAUCUUUUGAUGAAACAACUACUCUACAAGAUGUGGAUGAUCUCUUUAGAAUUUUUGGAGCCAAUACAACAUCUGAAAAAGUUAUCAAAGAACAAUCGAAAGAAUUGUACAGCGUAAGCAACUCGCCAUUCAAACGUACAACGCCUUUUUUACAACAUCCAAUUUUCAACACACAUCACUCUGAAACAAAAAUUGUGCGUUACAUGAAAUCUUUAGAAAAUAAAGAUGUUUCACUGGUUCACAGCAUGAUUCCAUUGGGAUCCUGUACAAUGAAAUUAAACUCGACUACCGAGAUGAUGCCGUCUAGUUUCAAGAAUUUCACUGACAUACAUCCUUUUGCACCGAUUGACCAAGCGAAAGGAUAUCAGGAACUUUUCAGCGAACUUGAAAAGGAUCUUUGCGCCAUAACAGGCUACGACAGGAUUAGCUUUCAACCAAAUAGUGGGGCGCAGGGUGAAUACGCUGGCUUACGAGCUAUACAGUGUUACCACGAGUCAAAGGGUGAAGCCCACAGACAAGUUUGUCUCAUACCCGUUUCUGCUCACGGCACCAAUCCUGCUUCCGCACAAAUGGCAGGAAUGCAAGUUGAACCUAUUCUAGUGCGAAAGGAUGGCUCUGUUGAUGUGGUCCACUUACAAGAAAUGAUUGAUAAAUUUCAUGAUAAUUUAUCUUGUCUAAUGAUAACUUAUCCAUCUACCAAUGGAGUUUUUGAAGAAACUAUUGCCGACGUUUGCAAAAUGGUACACGCCGGGGGGGGUCAGGUUUAUCUCGAUGGAGCCAAUAUGAACGCGCAGGUUGGACUCUGCAGACCUGGUGAUUAUGGAAGCGACGUAUCCCACUUGAACUUACAUAAGACUUUUUGCAUUCCUCACGGUGGCGGAGGGCCUGGUGUAGGACCAAUUGGAGUGAAACAACAUCUUGCACCGUUUUUGCCGUCUCACCCUGUAAUUAAUCCUCUGGCCAAUGACACGAACAAUGGUAAGCAGAGUCUAGGAACGAUUUCAGCUGCACCUUUUGGUUCUUCGGCAAUAUUACCGAUUUCCUGGGCCUACAUUAAAAUGAUGGGGCCAAAAGGGUUACGACAGGCAACUCAAGUAGCAAUUCUAAACGCUAAUUAUAUGAGCAGACGAUUAGAAGGUCAUUAUAAAACUUUGUACACGGGUAAUACAAAACUCGUAGCACAUGAGUUUAUCAUCGAUGUGAGAGAUUUCAAAAAAACUGCUAAUAUCGAGGCGGUGGAUAUUGCCAAGAGACUGAUGGACUAUGGAUUCCAUGCACCAACUAUGAGUUGGCCAGUCGCUGGAACCCUAAUGAUAGAGCCAACCGAAUCAGAGGACAAACUAGAGCUUGACAGAUUUUGCGAUGCUUUAAUUUCGAUAAGAAAUGAAAUCAGAGACAUAGAAAAUGGUAAAUUAGAUCCCAAAAAUAAUCCAUUGAAAAUGUCACCUCAUACCCAAGAGCACGUUAUUUCCUCAGAAUGGAAUAGGCCAUACACGCGGGAACAGGCUGCUUUUCCCGCUCCAUUCGUCACCGCUGAUACUAAGAUAUGGCCUAGCGUGGGAAGAAUUGAUGACAUCUAUGGAGAUAAAAACCUCUUCUGUACGUGUCCACAAAUCUUGCCUGAAUAUUAGUUACCGAUCAUUAGGCUAUGCUAUUUAUGUGUAAAUAUUUAUUGUCGUUAAGAUCAAACUAGAUACAUUAUCUUUAGUUCAUACAUCUCGAUUGCGUAUAUUUAUUCUGUGACUUCACAAUCACUUGUAUCAAACAGUUUAGCUGAAUAAUGCGUAUGUUUUUUUAAUAAAAUAAUGUUAUAUUUUUU